AUGAAAAUCUUCAAUAAUAAAUUAAUUUUUAUUUUACUAAUUAUUAUUCAUUUGUUUACAUAUUUUGAACCCAAUAAUGGAUGUGGAUUUCCUGUUCCCCAAUCAGCACCUCCUGUUUGUGUUUGUGGAGGUGGGGGCGGAGGAGGUUAUGGAUGUGGGGGUGGGGGUGGUGGAUGUUGUGGGAGAAGGAAACGUGAAGUAAUCCAACCUCAUUUUAAAGGAGUGGAACUCCCUUGUCCUCAAACUGAAUGGAGUUUAAUUAUGGAAAAAGUUGCUUUUUCUUAUAAGAAAAUAUUAAAUAUUUGGUAUUUCCAAAAUAUAUAUUGGGUUCCCCUAAAUUUAUAG